AUGUGGCUGGGUCUGGAGAAGAUGCAUGCUCUGACCAGCGUCAGACCUUACACGCUGAACAUAUCGUUGAGCAUAUCGUUGAAGAAGUUUGAUAGCACUCCCGGACAAGUAUCUUACAACACCUUCUCCGUCGGUGACGAGGCCUCGGAGUAUCGGCUGUUGGUGUCGGGGUUCACUGGGGAUGGUGUUUUCGGGGACCGCUUCAACCUCGGGGACCCGGCUGAAACCCUGGAUGGGAGUCACUUCUGUGCCAAGGAUCACUGCAACAACUCAGUCAACCCUUGUGCCGAGAGGUAUCGUGAAGCCUGGUGGAGCAGGCUAGAUGUCUGCCAGACGAAUCCUCACCAACGAUAUGACAUUGUAUGGGCUCUUGACGAUGGUACCGCUCACAAAUGUAAAACCAUCUAUAUGUUCAUAGAUCCUGCCUAA